CCCAAAUCAUGUACCACAAUACCAGCAAAACAGGCCCUUUGGUGGGUGCGAUAGAUGAGGGAACCUCCAGUGCAAGAUUCAUCCUCUUCAAAGCUGGAACCACCCAAGUGGUAGCUUCCCACCAGAAGGAAUUAUCCCAGAUUUACCCCCAGGAAGGAUGGGUGGAGCAGAACCCCAUGGAGAUUUUGGACGUGGUGAACGAGUGUAUCGAGGCUACGAUUGAUAAAUUGAUCGCUCUGGGGGGCACCGUUAACGAUAUCGUAAGUGUGGGGGUGACGAAUCAAAGGGAGUCAACUAUAGUAUGGGACAAGACAACUGGUGAGCCUCUUUAUAACUCAAUAGUUUGGUUAGACGUUCGGACGUCGACCACCGUCGAUCAACUCCUCGACAAAGUUCCGAACAAAACAAGGAACAAGAAUUAUCUGAAACCGCUGUGUGGUCUCCCCAUGUCGCCCUACUUUAGUGCCGUUAAGCUCAAAUGGCUCCAAGACAACGUACCUAAAGUGAAAAAGGCAAUGACUGCGAAAAAUUGCCUAUUUGGAACUGUGGAUUCGUGGCUGAUUUGGAACCUGACAGGAGGCAAGGAUGGGGGUGUCCAUGUUACUGAUGUCAGUAAUGCUUCAAGGACCAUGCUGAUGAACAUAGACACACUAAAGUGGGAUCCAGUCCUUUUGAAUUUUUUCGAAUUACCAACUUCCGUUUUGCCGGCGAUUAAGUCCAGCUCGGAAGUGUAUGGGAAAAUCAAGGAGGGCGCUUUGCAAAAUAUUCCGAUUUCAGGGUGUCUGGGUGACCAACAGGCUGCUCUCGUGGGGCAACAAUGUCUCGACAGGGGUCAGGCUAAGGCUACUUAUGGCACUGGCUGCUUCCUGCUAUACAACACAGGCAAAGCAAAAGUAGACAGCGCUCAUGGCUUGAUAACCACUGUGGCUUACCAAUUGGGGCCUUCCCGGCCUGCCACUUACGCCCUUGAGGGCUCAGUGGCCGUGGCCGGGGCUGCCCUAAACUGGCUUCGAGACAACUUGACAAUUUUACCAACUUUCGGCGAAGCCCAAAGCUUAGCAGAAAAGGCCGAACUUAUCGAAAGUGGCGAAGUGUAUUUUGUUCCUGCUUUCAGCGGCUUGUAUGCACCCUAUUGGCAACAGGACGCUAGAGGAAUAAUUGUCGGUAUUACGGAAGACACAAACUCUAAUCAUAUCGUGAGGGCCACUUUGGACGCUGUUUGUUUCCAAACGAGGGAUAUUUUAGAGGCAAUGAAUAAAGAUUACGGGGCGCCUCUCUCACAUUUAAAAGUGGAUGGGGGCAUGACGGCCAAUUCUCUUCUGAUGCAGCUCCAAGCCGAUUUAGCAGGAAUACCUGUCAUGAAGUCAAGUGUGGCUGAAAGUACGGCCCUAGGGGCUGCGAUGGUGGCUGGGGCUGCAGUCGGCUGUUGGGACAUUGAGGGGGCACCGUUGGACAUCCCAGCUUAUAAAUGGACCCCCAGAUAUAGUGAGAAUGAAAGAGAUGUGAGGUACGCCAAGUGGAAGAUGGCGAUUGAGAGAUCCACAGGAUGGGAUAUUUAAAGUGUUUUAAUGGUUAUAAUCAGUUUUUGUUGACAUAUUUUUAUAUCUAUUGGAGGGCUGCGUGUUAUGUUACUUUAGAUUUUUCAGAGAUAAGACUUU